UCCAUUUUUGAACUGACAAAGGCCUGUCCGGCAUUAAUUGGCUGGCUUGCUUAAUGAUGUGGAACACCCGAAUCACAAACAUCAGAGCACCAUCACUUUGCAGCAAGCAGCAUGCGUUUGUGAUCGAGGCUCAAAUGGCAAGCUCGUUAAUGGGCCCUGAUUGUGUUGAAGUAUUGAAUGCGUAGCUUGAUUAAGUUGUAGCACUAUUAAUGUUUUGUAUAUGUUUAAACAAUUGAAAACUUAAAGGGAUCAUAUUGCUCAUUGGAAUAUUAGGUUUUCAUAUUCUUUAAGGUUUACAGUCUAGACUUCAAGAAAGUCAGGGAGUUGAAAAAGGGUUGAUUUUAAGUGUAAACCAUCUCUUUUAGGAUUGAUUUUGUCUCUUGUGAGUGCAAAAUGUAUUGCAAUUUUAUAGAACAUGGGGCAGAGUAUGCAAAGCAUGCUGUUAAAGAGGAUGAUGCUGGAAACUAUGCUAAAGCGUUUCAGCUUUACAAAAAUGCGUUAGAGUACUUCCAAGCCCACCUUAAGUAUGAGAAGAAUCCACAGAUUGCGAAAACAAUUAAGGAAAAAUGUAUGGGAUACUUAAGGAGGGCAGAGGAAAUUGGGGCAAUUCUUGAUAAUGAGGGGAGUGUUCCCACCUCGAAUGGAUCUGGUACAGAUCCUAAGGCAAAGCCAAAGUCAAAGCCCAAAGAUGUAGAAGGAAAAGACGAGGAUCCAGAGCUAGCAAAGCUUAGGGCUGGACUUGAUUCUGUUAUCAUUAGGGAGAAGCCAAAUGUGAAAUGGAAUGACGUGGCUGGGCUUGAAAGUGCCAAACAGGCAUUGCAAGAGGCUGUGAUAUUGCCUGUGAAAUUCCCACAGUUCUUUACUGGGAAGAGAAAACCUUGGAGGGCCUUUUUGUUAUACGGUCCUCCUGGAACAGGUAAGUCAUACUUAGCAAAGGCUGUUGCAACAGAAGCAGAUUCAACUUUCUUUAGUGUUUCUUCCUCAGACCUUGUUUCCAAGUGGAUGGGUGAAAGUGAGAAGCUUGUAUCAAAUCUUUUCCGAAUGGCUCGUGACAGUGCUCCUUCUAUCAUUUUCAUCGACGAAAUUGAUUCAUUAUGUGGGCAACGGGGUGAAGGCAAUGAGAGUGAAGCAUCUCGGCGCAUCAAAACAGAACUUCUUGUACAAAUGCAGGGUAUAGGGAAUGAUGAUCAUAAAGUUCUUGUUCUUGCAGCCACAAAUACUCCCUAUGCUCUGGAUCAGGCCAUUCGGCGGCGUUUUGACAAGAGAAUAUACAUUCCUCUCCCAGAUUUGAAGGCAAGGCAACAUAUGUUUAAGGUGCAUCUUGGAGAUACUCCCCACAACUUAACUGAAAGUGAUUUUGAGCACUUGGCUCAGGAAACAGAAGGAUUUUCAGGUUCAGAUAUUUCUGUUUGUGUUAAAGAUGUACUCUUUGAACCUGUUCGUAAAACCCGAGAUGCUAAAUAUUUUAUGGAGACUUCUGAUGGCAUGUGGCUGCCUUGUGAACCAACCCAACAAGGAGCUAUCAAGAUCACACUAGAGGAACUUGAUGAACAAGGCCUUGCUUCAAAGAUUUGUAGUUUGAUGAUCACACUAGCAUUAUGUCCUUUGACUUAAAAAGGUGGUUUGAUUGGGAAUUCAGAUCCUUCCGCCGCCGAUAACAAGAGCAGAUUUCGAUAAAGUGCUUGCAAGGCAGAAGCCAACAGUGAGUAAAGCUGAUCUUGAAGUACAUGAAAGAUUCACAAAGGAGUUUGGGGAAGAGGGCUGAUAACUUUUGGCAGAAGAUAAUACCUGAUUAGUAUUAUACAUGCUGGUUACAUAAUGUACAUAGUUAAAAAUACAAUAAAAAAAUGUACAUUGUUUGCCAUCAAAUAUAGAUCAGCAGAAGUGAUAUUUCCAGCGGUAAGUGUACAUGUAUCAAGGAUCCUACUUUUAUGUUUUUGUUCUGUUGGCCUGGCCUGUACCAGGUGAUUCUAAGAGCAUUUGAGUAAACAAGAAUUUUAGAGUACAUUUCACAAA